GGCCCCCGCCCCCGCACCGCCCCCAUCCCCGCCCCCGCCGCGGCGGGCAGGAGCGUGCGGGCUGCGGGCUGGCACCGGGCCCGCCCCGCCCAGCACCGGCACCGGCACCGGCACCGGCCCGGCCCGGCCCAUGGAGGCUCCGGGAGCGGGCGGCACCGCAGAGCUGGGCAAGGAGACACUGGCCCCGGAGCGAACGGCGGGGACCCCCAUCCCUGGGACGGCUGAGGAGACCCCCGACAUCCCCGUGGAGGAGCAGGGCGGCAUCCCCAUCCCCACCGCCAGCCUGCUGCAGGUCACCGAGCGGAGACAGCCGCUGAGCAGCGUGUCCUCGCUGGAGGUGCACUUCGACCUGCUGGACCUGACGGAGCUGACCGACAUGUCGGACCAGGAGCUGGCCGAGGUCUUCGCCGAUUCCGACGAGGAGAACGCGGCCGGCGAAUCGCCCAGCGGUGAUUUUGAACCCCCCCCGUCUCGCUGCCGUCCUCACGGGGGGGCGCGGGCUGAGCCUGCUGUCCCCGCAGGGCUGCACCCGCAGGCCAUGCCGCGGGCAGGGUACCUGCGCUCGCCCUCCUGGACCCGCGCGCGGGAGCAGGGCCGGGACAAGAAGCACCUCAGCGACUCGGAGCUGCAGCCGGGCGCCGUGGACGCCUUCCUGGCGGUGGAGCGGCCGCAGCAGGAGUAGGAGCUGCCCCAGGAGGUGGGGACAGGCUCCACGCCGCCGUUCUCCAACCGCAUUCCCCACGCCCUGCCCGGGAAAAGCCGUGCGGGGCGAAGGACUCGCUGCUGGGGUGCUCGGGGUGGCCCCAGCCCGCGGGUACCAAGCGAUGCCAAAGCCGGUGGCCUGGUGGGGAGGGGGAAACGGCUCCUCCCGGCCCUGUAGCACAAAGGGGGCCGCGCUGCCCGGCCCCCACCUUCCCCCCCCUGUUAUGGUCCUGGCCCCUGGGAGCCCUGGCUCAGCGGGGCCGGGAGCCGCACGGUGCCACCCGCCACCACGUAGCAGCUGUGUGUACCGGUAAAACCGAGAGACCCAUGGUCACGGCUCUGCCCCGUCACUGGGAAAAAGGGGGGUGCGACCCCCAGAUGGGGGGGGGGAGCUGCCAGAGGUGGG